CCCCCUUUCCUGGGAGCUGCCAAUGGACUGAGCCGCCCGACCGCCCGCCCGCCCACACGAGCCGGCCCGGGAGCCGCAGCCCAGACAGCCGCCAGGCAAUCUCCAACAUAUAAAUAAACCGCUUGGAACUAAAGCCAAAAGUACACUGUCCCUGGAUCAUCUAAAGGUAGAAAUUCAAGCUCUUGUACAGAAAUAACCUGCAUUCAAAGCCAAGUUUACCUGCAGUGAAUUUGCUUUUGAUGGAAGUCAACAUGUCUCAAGUUCAAAUCCAGAACACAUCUGCUGGUCUCUCUAGCCCACAAAUACUAACCAAGAACCAAUCUCUUGCACAGCCCUUGAGUAUUCCUUCUCCCACUAGUUCUCUGCCCUCGGAAAAUGCAGGUAGACCUCUUCAAAAUUCUGCUUUACCCUCUGCGUCAGUUACAUCUACCAGUGUAGCUGCAGUUCCUUCUAACAUGGCAAACCCCAAAGAGAAAACCCCAAUGUGUCUUGUGAAUGAGUUAGCCCGUUUCAACAAGAUUCAGCCUGAGUAUAAGCUUUUGAGUGAGCAGGGUCCAGCUCACUCAAAGGUGUUUACGGUGCAGCUGACUCUUGGGGACCAGCACUGGGAAGCUGAAGGAACUAGUAUUAAAAAAGCUCAACACGCAGCUGCUGCCAAAGCUUUGGAAGGGACGAGGUUUCCUAAACCUACAGCUCGCCCGUCACGUAAUGAAGGAAAGAACCCAGAUAGUGUAACCCCCACAGUGGAGCUGAAUGCGCUUUGUAUGAAGCUGGGAAAGAAACCUAUGUACAAGCCUAUAGAUCCUUACACGGAGAUGAGAUCCACCUACAACUAUAGUAUGAGAGGUGGCUCUUAUCCCUCACGGUACUUCUACCCCUUUCCUGUGGGACCCUGGCUCUAUGAAGUGGAGCUCUCUAUCGGGGGACAGCAGUUUCGUGGGAAAGGUAGAACAAGACAGGCUGCUAAGCAUGAUGCAGCUGCUAAAGCACUGAAAAUCCUGCAAAACGAGCCCCUGCCUGAGAAACCAGAGAUAAAUGGGAGAGAACCAGAUGACGAAAAUCUCAAUAAAUCUGAAAUAAGCCAAGUGUUUGAAAUUGCACUUAAAAGGAACUUGCCUGUGAAUUUUGAGUUUUUCCCUCUGAAACAGGUGACCCGGGAAAGCGGCCCGCCUCACAUGAAGAGUUUUGUAACCAAGGUUUCGGUCGGCGAGUUCAUGGGCGAGGGCGAAGGCAAGAGCAAGAAGAUCUCCAAGAAGAAUGCCGCCAUAGCCGUCCUGGAAGAGCUGAAGAAACUGCCGCCCCUUCCAAUGGUGGAGAAAAUGAAGCCACGGAUCAAAAAGAAAACAAAAUCGAUAGUAAAACUACAGAGAAGCCCUGAAUAUGGCCAAGGUAUGAAUCCCAUUAGCAGACUGGCUCAGAUACAGCAAGCCAAGAAAGAGAAGGAGCCAGAAUACAUGCUCAUCACAGAACGGGGGCUUCCCAGGCGCAGGGAGUUCGUUAUGCAGGUGAAAGUCGGCAUGCACUCAGCUGACGGGAUGGGAACGAACAAGAAAGUGGCAAAGCGCAAUGCGGCUGAAAACAUGCUGGAGGUCUUAGGAUUCAAAGUCCCUCAACCUCAACCCCCAAAGCCAGCACUAAAGACAGAAGAAAAGACACCAGUAAAAAAGCCAGGUGAUGGAAGAAAAGUAACCUUUUUUGAACCCGGUUCUGAAGAAACAUCUGCUAGUAAUAAAGAGGACGAGUUCAGGAUGCCUUAUCUUAGCCAUCAGCAGCUCCCUGCUGGCAUUCUUCCCAUGGUCCCCGAGGUCGCGCAGGCUGUAGGAGUAAAUCAAGGACACCACACCAAAGAGUUCAGUAGGGCAGCCCCGAAUCCUGCCAAGGCUACGGUGACCGCCAUGAUCGCCAGAGAGCUGUUGUACGGUGGCACGUCCCCUACCGCUGAGACCAUUUUAAAAAACAGCUCCUCGGGCCACGUACCCCAUGGGCCGCUCGCUAGACCCUCAGAACAGUUGGACUACCUUUCCAGUGUUCAGGGAAUCCAGGUCGAAUACAAAGAUUUCCCCAAAAACAACAAGAAUGAAUUUGUGUCUCUUAUAAAUUGUUCCUCUCAGCCACCCCUGAUCAGCCAUGGAAUUGGAAAGGAUGUAGAAUCUUGCCAUGAUAUGGCUGCGUUAAACAUCUUAAAAUUGCUGUCUGAGUUGGACCAACAAAGUACAGAGAUGCCAAGAACAGGAAAUGGACCAAUGUCUGUAUGCGUGAAGCAAGAAAUGGAAAGCGACCCUCUCCUGAAACCGGCUAGCUCAAACACUUUGGGACAAACACUGGACACCACUGCCUGAAGAGGCUGACUGGACCCAAACCUGAAAGCACCAGAGAAAAUCAAACGCUUCCUAAUUAAUGUAACCUAACUGUUUUAGAGCACUUCAGUGGCCGCAACUCACUGUAGUAUCUAAACCAUAACCGUUGCUUUUCCAAACUGAUUAAAAAUUUUUAGUUUCAUUGCAUUGUUUUGAAUGACACUAUAAAUUUUUCAUUUGGAAACAAGUUUCUUAAUUGUACCUAGAACUAUAGCACAGUUUAGAAACUUUGUUGUCUGAGGGUUGACACACUUAACCUAUGAACUAACGUGGGAAGAUCAUAUCCGUGUAUGUGUCCGGUUUUUGUUUUUAAUGAAGUUGUGAAAAAAAAAUUCACUGGAAACAAACUGUGUGCCUGCCAC